GCAGGGAUUUUGUUGCUCCUUAAGGUGGAGCGGGAACUCCGUUUACCCACCGAGCGGGAGAAGUGGUCCCAGACCGAGUCUGGGAAGUUGGGAGAGAAGCGCGGGAGCGGGACUGCAGCCCUUGGGUAGGGUGCGCUACGCGUUCGAAGAGCGCUGCGAGGACGGGCUCCGACAGCCCAGGGCUGGUGACCCGGCCGGGAGAAGGCAAGCGCGGGUGCCGCGGGGUAAAACGCAGGGUCCACGCGGUUCUCCGCAGAAAGGCCCCUUCUUUCACCUCGGACCACCGACAAGGUGGCGUCUGGCCGGUGUGGGGGUUCCGCGUACAAGGGGCGGAAACUGCUCCACUCGCCCGGGGCCUCCGAGUCACCCAGACUCACUUCGAAUUCCAGCUCUUCCACCUACUAGCUGAUCACCCCACUUCUCCUCAGCUUCCCCAUCCUAAAAGUGGGGCUAAUAACAGCACUCGUCUCUUGGGGCUGUUGCGACGAAUAAAUGGUACAACGUAAAUAAAGCGUUUAGCCCCCAAGCCCUUGCCUAGUAUCUAUCACAAGCAGGGGCUGUGGUCAUUACUGUCACCUUUUCGGCAAUUCCCUGGCGGUCCAGUGGUUAGGACUCGGGGCUUCCACUGCAGGGGGCACUGGGUUCGAUCUCUGGUCCGGGAACUAAGAUCCUGUAAGGUGCGGUCGUCCCCAAAAGACCACAAAGAUGCUGGGACGGACUGGCGCCAAGCUGGGCGGAAGGCAAGACCCAGGAGGAGGGCGGGGGUUGGUGGUGACGUGGACAGGUCCGACCCAAGCUCUCGCGGCUUCCUCUACCCCGGGUCGGUGCCAAGGGCUGGACAAUCGGCGGGGUGGCUGCCCGGCUCCACCACCUCGGAACGUGCGAGGCGGCGGGUUUCGGGAUGACUUCGUGCGGCUGUAGAUGUCUGUGGAUCCUCAAGAUGCCGGUCUUACUCUUGGUCCUGGGCGUUGUGUUAUUUAUGUUCAGAAGUGUAUACCUUUAUACACAGUCCAGUAACCACAAACCACGGCUCCCUCACCCUGCUCCGGCUGCCGGGAUGCUGAAGCUUCUACCUGAGGAACAUGUCAGGAGCCUCUUUGUCUAUGAUGGAAUCUGGCUCUUCCCGAAAAACCAGUGCAAAUGUGAAGCCUCGGGACAUCAGGGAAGCUAUAACUUUGAGGAUGCCUAUGGCCAGAGUGACCUCCCUGCGGUGAAACUGAGGAGACAGGCUGAAUUUGAACACUUUCAGAGGAGAGAAGGGCUGCCUCGCCCACCGCCCUUGCUGGCUCAGCCCAACCUGCCCUUUGGGUACCCUGUCCACGGGGUGGAAGUGAUGCCCCUGCACACGGUUCCCAUCCCAGGUCUCCAGUUUGAAGGACCAGAUGCUCCCAUCUAUGAGGUCACCCUGACAGCUUCUCUGGGGACACUGAACACCCUCGCUGACAUCCCAGACAGUGUGGUACAGGGCAGAGGCCAGAAGCAGCUGAACAUUUCGACCAGUAACCGGAAGCUUUUGAAUUUCAUACUCCAGCACGUGACAUACACAAGCACAGAGUAUCAGCGCUGCAGGGUGGAUGUAGUGAGUCUGGAGUCCAAGUCCUCAGUGGCCAAGUUUCCAGUGACCAUCCGCCUUCCUGUUAUGCCCAAGUUAUAUGAUCCUGGACCAGAGAGGAAGCUCAGAGACCUGGUGACCAUUGCCACCAAAACUUUCCUCCGUCCCCACAAGCUCAUGACCAUGGUCCGGAGCAUUCGUGAGUAUUACCCAGAUUUGACCGUGAUCGUGGCUGAUGACAGCAAGGAGCCCCUGAAAAUUAAUGACAGCCACGUGGAGUAUUACACCAUGCCUUAUGGGAAGGGUUGGUUCGCUGGUAGGAACCUGGCCAUAUCUCAGGUCACCACCAAAUACGUUCUCUGGGUGGACGAUGACUUUCUCUUCAACGACAAGACCAAGAUUGAGGUGCUGGUGGAUGUCCUAGAGAAGACAGAACUGGACGUGGUAGGCGGCAGUGUGCUUGGAAACGUGUUCCAGUUUAAGCUGUUCCUGGAGCACAGUGAGAAUGGGAACUGUCUCCACCGGCGGUCAGGAUCUUUCCGGCCCCUGGACGGCUUCCCCAGCUGCGUGGUGACGAGUGGCGUUGUCAACUUCUUCCUGGCCCACACAGAGCGGCUCCAAAGAGUGGGCUUCGACCCCCGCCUGCAGCGAGUGGCUCAUUCAGAGUUCUUUAUCGAUGGGCUCGGAAGCCUGCUUGUGGGGUCCUGCUCAAAUGUGAUUGUAGGUCACCAGCCCCGUUCUCCAGUGGCGGACCCAGAGCUGGCAGCCCUGGAGAAGAGCUACAACAUAUACCGGACCAACACCAAAGCUCAGAUCCAGUUCAAGCUGGCUCUCCACUACUUCAAGAACCAUCUCCAAUGUGCCACGUAAAGGUUGUCCGGGCACUGGAAAAGCGCUGUGCUGAGCGGUUGCAGGUAUCUAAAACAGAGGAACUGGUGGAUGGGCUAUCAAAAUUUGAACUCUAGAUAAGACAGACAGGGCAGAUGGGUCUGGCUCAGGUACUGGAAAUCUCAAUCAAAAGCUGAGGGUUAUUAGAAAUGGACCAAUCACUGAUCAGGGCAACGGAGACUGUAUUCAUUGUUUGUAUGAUGUCUUACCAUUUAUGAAACAUUUGUACAUAUAGUGUCUCACAUUAUUUCAUUUCAUCUCACACGAAAGAGUAUAUGAUGGGUUGGUAUCCUCAGUCAAAAAGAUGGCUGCUGGGUCCUUGAGGGUUAUUUGGUGGAAAUUAUAUCACAGAUCAUCUCCAGCAUCAUUGCCAUCCACAGAUUUUUUUUGGUCCUACCUUGUGGACUCAAAUAAUGUGAAUAACCCAGGGUCCUUGCCUGGAGAAGGUGGAAGCCUGGUUCAGUUCAGUCCACUAGUGGAAUCGGAUCAGAUGAUGAGAGGCGGACCAGGCAGGCGAGGAGGGAGUCAGCUCACCUGGAGCCCGGCACACGGAUGGGACGCAGGCAGUUGGAGGGAUGAGAUCCCUGGGGUAGUCCACUCACUGCUGGAAUAAAGAUUUCCCUGGCAUCAGACUCCCUAUCAUAAAGACAGAUUCCAUACUUCCUGGGAUUGAACUCAGACACUGUGCUGAGGAGCCAUGAUAAACAGCGUAAGUGCAGUGGCCAAGCCACUCAAUUCUAGGGCCUUGAGAUCAGUUGCUGACCGCUCGAGACCUGUGUCAUCUGCAGAGUGGAGCCGUCACGAUGAGGCAGGCUCUCUCGGUUACCUUGGGAGUCAGGAGGUUCUCCCAGUGCUGCACUGGCUCUGCCUUUUGGUUUCUACUCUUUCCUACUGAAGAUGGCCGAGGGUAGUUCAGGAUCUCUGAAAAUGUGUCUGUGAGAUAUUAAUAAAACUUCAUGAAAAAUG